AUGAAAACAAGAAGUAUGACUAACUCCUUAUUUAUAUUGCUUUUCGCCUUCAUUGGAUCAUAUCUAGUCUAUGAAGGAUACGCUAAAAACCCUCUAACAGAUACUUACAAAGAUUAUCAAGGAAAAGUUUGGCAAAUUCCAAAACCUAACGCUAUUACAAAAGUAAUUAGUGAGCUUUACAGACUUGUUCCACGUGGCAAUCUCCAAUUCAAAAUGAUGGUAUCAGCGCCGUUUGAUUUAGAAAAUAGCGACUACAUUGAAUCAAAUCUCGUCAAUAUCAUACUUUGCGCUGCUGUCGGCUUGCUCUUCACAUUUAUAUUCCUUAUUGUUUUGUCUUGCAAAUUCUGCUGCAACAGAUGUGGUGGUAAAUCUUUGCCAAGAGAAGGUUAUUCACAGUACCAAAUCGAUUCUUCCCGCGGAUGCCUACUUAUUUUCGCUUUUAUUCUUGAAUUUUUACUCAUUUAUUCUUUCUUUGUCAAUUUCGACGUCAACAACUCCGUCAGCUUGCUUGCGGAAAGAAUGGAUAACUACUCAACAGAUAUGAUCAAUAUUUUCAAGCCAAUAGUUGAGAAAUUGAAAAAAAAUUGGUCAGUUCCACUCGAAUAUUGGGAUUAUGAAACUUGCAAGGCAGAUUUGCAAUACACACUCAAUUACUAUCAAACUAGAAGUGAAAGUCACAGGUCAAAUAUGAAAGCUUUAGAAGGAAUUCGUAUGCUUGUUGUUAUUCUCGCUUUAGGAUCAUGUACAAUUGCCUGCACGUUCGGUAUUGCAGCAGGAUCAAUCUACCGCGCAUGGCCAGUCUGGAUUAUGGUCAUUAUGUCGAUCAUUUUAUUCCCAUUCAUCUGGGCAUCGUUUGCCUUCCACUUUUCCAUCGGAAAAUCAUUGGAUGACUUUUGUUAUGAGAUUCCUCCAUAUAUAACACCCACCAAAAACAAAUUUAUCCCAUUAAGAUUACAAUAUUUCUUCCAAUGCAUUAAUUCACCCGUUUUCCAAUUUGUUCAUCAAGGAUAUUACAUACCCGCCCUACAGAAAGUCCAAACUUUCAUCCAAAAGGCCAAAAAUUGUGGAAUACAAUUUGAUGUUGAGCCAUCAAUAGAAAACAUCAACGAUGAUAAGUAUAAUCCAACAUCAUGUCCAGAAGCAAAGACAGCUCGUGAUGAAGCACUCGAAAAACGCGAUCUUGCAUUGAAUGUCAAAGAAUUAAAUAAUUGUAACAGCGCAAAGGUCAGUUACAACGAAAACAAGUUCCUUCUCUGCAAAUACUCACAGUACAACUUCCAAAUGCUUACUCUUUCCCAGUGCGUUGCCUCAUUAUUCCUCAUCUUCAUCUGUUCCACAGGAAUUGGCUCAAUUCUCAAGUUCAAGUGGGCUCAGACAUCAGGUAUGAUGAAGUUCGAUGGCAACAAUGGCUUUGCUGGCCGUUCUGCAAGACCAAAGAGAACAGAAUAA